GUUUUAUCCUUACAAAAUAUUAUAUAUAUAUUUGAAAAGUCGUUCUGAAAAAGCGUUUUCUGUUGCUAAAAGUGGUGUUGGUUGAAUCGAAAAGAGGGCGGUCCAUAGUCGCUACAACUGCAACUUCUCUUUCAGAAAGGUGGAUCAAAUCUUCCGGUUGUUUCUUUAUCUUCAAGGUAAAGCGAAGAAGUUCGAUGGAUCUCCGCCUCAUGACCGAACCUAACGUCAACAUCGCCGCCUUCUCCGGUAGUAACCUAAUCAUGUCUUUGUUUAUCCACCGCCACCACCAACCAUUUUUUCUAACCGCUAUUUCUCCAACCCCUCUUCACCCUUUAUCCCUUCCUUCUCCUUCUUCAUCCACCUACUUCUUAUAUUCACCCCUCUCUUAAAAAACCCUUACUUUUUGAUUCGUCCACCACCUGUUCGAUGAAAUGCUCGACUGAACGUGGUACAAAUGGCAUCGCUGACACCAGGAGUGUUACUUAAGCUUCUAAAGACAGUCAAUUCAAAUGUCAAAGUGCGUGGCGAAUAUCGUUCUGUUCUCCUACAAGUUAUCACAAUUGUCCCUGCCUUAGCUGAUUCAGAGCUAUGGCCUAAUCAAGGCUUCUUCAUAAAAGUAUCUGAUUCUUCUCAUUCUACUUAUGUCUCACUCUCCAAGGAAGACAACAAUCUCAUUUUAAAUGACAAACUACAACUGGGUCAGUUCUUUUAUGUAGACAAGAUGAAAUCUGGGAUCCCUGUUCCUACUCUACUCGGUGUUAGACCACUUCCUGGACGACAUCCUUUCGUGGGUAAUCCUAAGGACUUGAUGCAGAUUUCCGAGCCUUGUAAGCAGUUAAUUACUUCUUUGAACUACUUGCCUGAAGCUAAGGAGGAUGAGAGCCAUAGGAAAACUAUUGUUAUUAAAGAGGAGAAGGCAAGUGUUGCUUCGAGGUAUAUGCAAGGUGUUUUGACUUCUAGUUCUAAAGUAAGUGGAUUGAAUACGAAUAUUGAUGGAAAGAGAUGUGAAGAUGAAAAUGAGAUUGUUGGAGCAGGCAACAAGAAGAAGGUGGGAACUGUUGUGAAGAGCAGAUUGCAAGAACUUAAAGUUCAGAAACGUACGACUAAAUGCUUGCCAAUUAAACAAGAGAAUGUUAACUUGCAUUGUUCGAUAUCAAAUUCAAGAGAUAAAGCUCGAUUGCAUGAGACCAUGAACUGGUCUUCUCUUCCUGCCAAUCUUUUGAAGCAUGGGAAGGGAAUUUUGAGAAUGAGAAACUUAUCUUCUAUGGUAGCAGCAGAAGCUCAGAAAGAAGCAUCUACAGCUGCAGCUCUUGUUAAGUGCCUCGGUUUGUUUGCCGAGCUUCGCUCUUCAGCCUCACAGGAGAAUCCUCACAACUCCUUGAGUAAGUUCUUCGCCUUACAUCAGCAGCUCAUGGACAAACAACCACGUCAACUUGCAGUUAACUUAACAACCGGAGAAAAAGACUUGAUUCCUAAAAAGAGAAACUCCGACAACAGAAAACUCGUGUUGAAGCCUUCGAUGGAGCUCAGUUGUGACGAUAAGAAAGAAUGGGCAAAUGGGAACGGUUUAAAGGAUAUGAUUGAGUUAAAAGAGAUUCUAAUUAUCGAAACUGAAAGUUGGUUCUUGAAAUUCUUGGAAGGAGCGCUUGAUUCUGGUUUUCAAAUGAGUGAUCUGCAAGAAAAGAAAGGGAAUGUUCAACAGAUGGAGCCAGAUGAUCAUAUUGCUAUAACAUUAUCGCAGCUCAAACAAGCGAAUGAAUGGCUUGAGAGAAUGAAAAAGAAUGAUGGGACGAAGGAGAGUGUUGAAUCGUUGAAAAGGAAAAUCUAUUCGUGUUUACUGGUUCACAUUGACUCCGCCGCGACUGCAUUGGAGAAACGUUCUUCGAGUCGUAAUUGAAAGUGUGUAAGCACCGAUAUUAUUUAUUGUUAAUUAAGUUAUUUGUUUUACCUUUGCUAAAGUGAUUUGAAUAAUCUGUUGUGUACAAAAUUUAUGGAUUUGGUUUGUGAUAUGAAAAUGUUUGAAGAUAUCAA